ACCCUCAGCACGCAGCCGAUGCCGGGCCCGCCCCGCGCCAUGUUCCGCCGCGCCCCGCGCACCUUCCGCGCCCGGCGCCGCCCGGCCUCCAGUGGCAGCAGCGAGGAGGAGCCGGGGGCUGAGCCUGACCCUGGCCAUGCUCCUGUCCCUGCCCCUGCCCCUGCCCCGCCGCAGGACCCCGGCACCGCCGCUGCGGUGGGGCCGCUGCCCGCAGAGCGGCCCGUGCGGGGCGGAGCGGGGGUGCGGAGCCGGGCGGGGGUGCUGAGCUUCGGGAGCGAGGAGGAGCGGGAAGGUGAUGAAGAACUUUUCAAAAUCAAAAAGCCGUCCUUCAAUGAAGUAACCUUUAGAAUUCAAAAGAAGAAAAGCCUGCUGCCUGCACAGAGAGAAGUAGAAGAAAGCAAAACAGAAAUCUGUGAUUUGGAGCCUGGAACUGGUAACAAUGAAGACAUGCAUGAAGAGGAGAAGGAGGAGGAGGAAAGUUAUUCUUCACAAAGUGAGGACAACAACAGCGCAGACUCUGAAAAUGAAUCCACUCCUCCAGGGAGGAGGAAGGAUUUAUCACCAGUUAAUAUCCCCAGUGCAGCUUGUGUUGAGUCUGCUCGGAGGAAACGUCACUUAGCCAGGACACAGGCUGACUAUCUUCCACUGGAUGUUUCAAAUGGUCGUCAGGUUUCUCGGAGAAGAGAAAGCAGUGAAGAGAGUGAAGAUGAGCCUGAUAUGAAGAAUCUCAAUUUUGCUCCGAAAAUGAGAACUCUUAGGCAGAGAAUGACUGAACACAUGGUGUCUGUUAGUGAUGAGUCAAGUGAAGAUGAAGCACAAAUGAGGUGGGAAGAACAGCAAAUAAAGAAAGCUGUCAAGCUCUCUCAGGAAAUUUACAAUGAUGCUUCCCUGUGUAAAUCUCAACCAGCUAAACCCAAGUUUGAUACCUCUGUUUCCUUACCACCUGUGAGCUUGGAAAUUAUAAAAAAGCGACUGACUGAAAGGAUAACAUCAUUGCAGGAUGUGCACUGUGCCCACCAGAGGGAGUACGAAAAAUAUAUGCAGGACAUUGAAAGCUCAAAGAUGACUGUCGAGGAAUUAGAGAAGUCUUCAGAUGCUGCUUUGAAUUACAAAUUCUACAGGGCCAUGAAGACAUAUGUAGAAAACUUGAUAAACUGUUUGAAUGAAAAACUGAAAUACAUUAAUGAGCUGGAAUUGGCUGCACAUGCACUUCUUCAGCAACGAGCCAUGGCAGUGUUGAAACGAAGGCAAGAUGAGCUGAAAAUUGAAUCUGCUUAUAUUCAGCAUCUGACAACUGGGAAAGACAAACCAACUAACGGCGGAUUGGAAGAUGAUGGAAAGAUGGAGCUUCUGAAAGCGUGUGAACAUCGAAGGACUUGCAGGCGGCAGGUGAGAGAGCAGUCACAAAAAGCCGACCACCAUGAAGGCAUGUCAAGUGACGAUGAACUGACUCCAACAGAGGUGACUGAAUUCCAGAAGAGCAAAGAUAACAUUUUAGAGGAUAGUAGGAAAAUCUUUGAAGAUGUACAUGCAGAUUUUUGUGACAUCAGAAAAAUCCUGUUGAAAUUCCAGGAAUGGAAAGAGAAGUUUCCUGAUUCUUAUUGUGAUGCUUACGUCAGUUUUUGCCUGCCUAAGCUUUUAAAUCCAUUGAUCAGAGUUGAGUUAAUAAAUUGGAAUCCUCUUGAGCAGAGUUUUACAGACUUGGGAGAGAUGCCCUGGUUCCGAGCUGUAGAAGAAUUCAGUAAUGCGAAAAACACAUCUGAAUCAAAACGGGAUGAUGAUCCUGAUCAAGAAGUCUUGCCUAGAGUGAUUGAGAAAACUGUUCUACCAAAAAUUACAGCAUUUGUACAGAAUGUGUGGGAUCCUUUAUCAACUUCACAGACUGAGAACCUUGUACAGCUUUGCAGAAAUAUCUUUGAAAAACAAGUUCCGUCCAAAAGUGAAGGCAGAAAAGCGAAAGAGGAUUUGAUUAACGAGGUUGUCCUAAGGAUGAAGAAAUCUAUAGAGGAAGAUGUCUUUAUUCCUCUGUAUCCUAAAAGCACUGUGGAAGAUAAAUCAUCACCAGGUUCAAAAUUUCAAGAAAGACGUUUUUGGUCAGCUGUUAAGCUGCUCUCAAAUGUUCUCCUUUGGAAUGGGAUUGUACAGGAAGACACGGUCCGUGAUUUGGGACUGAGCAAGCUGCUGAAUCGUUACCUUCUUCUGAACCUCUUAAACACACCACCAGGGCCGGAUAACAUAGAAAAGUGUGAUAAGGUGGUUGCGUGCCUCCCAGAAAGAUGGUUCGAAGAUCUUGGAAAUGGAUCAACUCUCCCGGAGUUACUGAACUUCUGCCAGUAUUUGCUGCAGUGUGCACGUGUGCUUCACAAGAAUAACCACAGUGAUGAAACAAAAGAAGUUAUUCAUCUGUUGGUGAAGGUCAAGGCUCUGCAUGUUGUUGAAGACUUCAUUGAAGAGUACAAACUUGAACAUCUUAAAUCCAUAAUUGGGAAGUAGGGAUUUUUGAAGCAGUGUUUAAAUUACUGAAACAAGCCUGAUAUUCACACUAAAAAAAGAGUUCUAUUUAAUUAGUGGACUCUGCCUACCCAAAGAUGUAGUGGUAAUCAGUUGACAUCCCUGUGUUAUUGUUAAAUACUUGAGGAGUUUUUUCCAAAUAUAUUCUACUGCCACCUACUCAUAAGUUAAGGAGUAUUUUAAAAAAGCACAGUUGUCAGUGUAAACUGCAGACAUCCUGAAAUGUAUGGCAAUAAAGCUUUAUUGCUUUUAUCCUUCUGGGAAGGAUUACAGGCACUCCCUAUCUUUCCAGUAAAGUUUAUCACUGCUAUAGAGCUGACAACUUUACAAGCUAUUUUCAAUAUUAUAUUGCUAACUAUCACUCUCCAACUCAGCAGCCCUUGAACUCUUCUAACUUGUCUGCAGUGAUUCCGGUAGGGUUAUCAUUGAAGUUGUCCAUAGUGGAAAAGAAUUGAUAAAGUCGCAAGGGUUUUGAUCCUGGUACAGAAACAGAGGAAGUCGGUGUGCAGUGAAGAGUCUGAUCAAUGUUUACCGAUGGUAAACGGGUUUAGCGAGGUAAGAAGUUGCACAGAAGACUGUCUGGGGAAGAACAAACGUAGUGAAGAUAGCGUGUGCUUUAUAGGGGAGUUUUGUACUUGAUCUAGACUGUACUUGUGUGCACAGACCUGGAGUUGUCACACCCUGAUUAUCAGACUCCUAAUAGACCUCUUCAUUAUGAGAAGCAUAAGCACAACUUCCGUUACCUUCUAGUAACCAACUUCCUAAGAAAAUCUUACUUCUGCUUCCCCAUGAGAGGUACUGAACCUUACUUCACCAUACCUGUAUUAGAUCUCUAAUAUUUUAUAACUUUGUAUAUUUGCAGUAAGUAAUGCUACAGAAUAUAAAGGAUGUUUUAUUGUAGAAACCCUCAUGCACCUCAAAUUCUGAUGGGUGUAUACUUGCAACUGUAUCUCCAGAAUCUUAUGGGAUGAGAAUUUAACUCUUGUAGGUUUAUUCCCUUUUUUAUUUUUUAAUUGUAAAAUAUAUUUUUGUAAAAGAUUUUAAUUGUAAAUAGCUCUGAUCAAUGUUACAAACAAAAAAUGACUUUUAAAAUAAAACAAGUAUUUUGAAAACAAGU